AUGCUAUCACCAUCUCCUCAUGGCGUCUCUGGGCCGUAUGCAGAUCUUAUCCACUUCCGUCGGACCCCUCAGCGAAGAGCAACAUCAGACGCACCCUCGAGCCCUCUCGCGCAAGGUCUAGCCAUUCCUACAGAACCCGUUCCUCGCCUGAACAUACAAACAGAUACUGUCUACUCAGACUCGGACUCACAGUCUACUCUAGGUACUCCGAGGACCCCAACUCUCCCAUUUAGCCACCACAAGGCUUCUGAAGCCGUUGCGAGAAGCAUAAAGAAGCGUCCAGGCUUUUCGUCACGCCGCUCAGGUGGGACAACCCCUUCCGCGCGAUCGUCAUCUGCUGGAUGUGUCAUUCGAUCCAACUCUGGCUCCCGUUUCCUAGCUCCGUCAGAUCAUCGAGUGCAGCGUAGGGACGAAAUGCCCAAGGGCCCCAAGAUCUCUCGCAGCGACUCCGCUGUGCCAACGUCGUCUUCAAUUGAUUCUACCCAUAUCAAAGAGUAUCCUUCGAGUGUCUUUUCUUCUGUGAAACCGAGAAAGAAUUCCACCACCAGCAGGAGCGUCGCGGGUGCUCCCCUGACCGACGGCGAAGACGACCCCACUAGCCGCCCUCCAAGUCCCGCUGGAUCACUACUCACCCUCGUCGCCGAGCAAGACGAGCUUGCCGAGCUCAAGGCGCUGAAUGCCAAAUGGCGCGCACGAGAGGCGUGCUUCGUUGAGCGUAACGGCAGCAAGCUUCAUCGGUAUCCGGUGCGGGAGGUGCCCUAUCCGAGGAGCUACAACAAGGAUGUGUUGGACCUCGAUGUCUGGAGUGUGAUUUGGUCUGAACAAUGCUCUGGGGGCUUAACGUGGCAUCAGUUUGAUACUCCCCCGCUGAAAGUAUUGGAUCUGGGUUGUGGCACUGGGUCGUGGGUGUUAGAAGCAGCUUCGCAGUGGAAGGAUACACAUUUCGUUGGCCUCGAUAUUGUUCCCAUUCAACCGGAUCUCGAUUUGCUUCAUCCCGAAUUGGCUUCUCGCGUGACAUGGGUCCGAGCGAACUUCUUAGACGCUCAGCUACCGUUCGAAGAUGGCGAGUUCGACUUUGUGAAUAGUAGGAGAAUAGGCAGAGGUAUUCCGGAAGACAGAUGGGAUCCAAUGCUCGAGGAAAUUUCGCGCAUCUUGAAGCCUGGUGGAGCCUUCCAGUGUGCUGAAGAGGAUUUAUACUUUCCCGGCUCCCUCGAUCAUCGCUCCCUAUCCCAAGAGCCCAUCGUCGCGAGCCCGUCUCCGAAAGCAGCUUCUCGACCCCCGUCGCCAAGUACCCGACCUCGCGCCCCCACACCUCUCUCUAUACCUUCAGAUCCAUCCAACGCGUCACUUCCAAAUAGCAGUGGUAGCGAAGGCUCUGGCUCAAGCUCAAUGGCCCCAGUCAACCCACAUGAUCACUCCCUUCUUGAAUUCAUCUAUAACGAGAUGCACUCCGCUCGGUUCAUCAACCUUGCUCCGAUAUCGGUGGUUGGCAGCGCAUUCCAAGUGCACUUCACAGGGAUGAAGUCUCAUACACCUAUAAUUGUCAUGUUUCCUCCCUCGCCAGAUACAUACCGGUCAGUCAUGGGUGAACUGAACAUGGGCGACAGGACAUCAGGAGCUCGGUUGCAACGUCUCUACCAGUCAUCCCGUAGCGCUGAAGCUUCCGACAUCGAAGCUGCCGCGCCGGAUUCAGAAGUAUCCUGGCAACGCGUGAUUAGGCUUGAUCUCGCCCGUACAGAACUCAGUGCGAGUCCGUUCCUUUCCCCCACCCAACUCGUGCAGAGGACUGCACAUAUACGCACGGACCAAGCCCGAGUCAUAGCUCAAGGCCCUCGCUCUACCGCCGCUCCCCACCGAUUUCCGAUGCCUGUGAGCAAACAGUCGGGAUCAUACAAUGAUGCCUCCUGGAUGGAAUCUUCUCUCAGCCCGGAGGAGAAACGAUCCUCCCAAUUGAUGCGGUUCGACAUACGCACGCUUAAUCUGCACCUGUCGCUCCGGACGAAGGAGAUCCUCGCAUGUGCCGAGGCGAUGUGGGACUACAUUGUGGAUUUCCAGCGGGACUGCUCCCCGCAGCUGGCAGAUGGGCUGCCGGUGAGGGGACGGUUCUCGCGACACUAUUCGGACGCAGUUGCCGCGCAGCUGAGGCCACUGACCCCGGCCACGCUGAGGACGAUGGUGAUGAACCUGACGCGGCCCGAUUUCGACGCGUUGCUGCUGCGAUACAAGUUGUGA